UCAGAUCAGGUCCUGGUCGGGCAGUCACUGCUGUUAUGUGGAGAUUUCUUUCUCUUUCUCUCUGAUUCGUCUUUUGCUGUAGUUGUUUCUUCUUUAUGACCCAUUUUUAUUCUCCACCUGAUCAAGUAAAAUACAGAAGGAUGAACAAGGACAGGAAUGAGAUGACUAAGAGAAUAUUACACUUCACCUUGGAGAUCCUCCACCUGCUGACCGGAGAGUGAAACUCCAGUCUGCAGCCAGAAAAUCUUAAAAGAAACAUACAGUCCUUCCUCUAUAGACCCCGCCCCAUCCUGUGACAUCACAGCCUAAAGGAGAAUCUAUUGUAGAGAUGAUGGAUACAAAGUCUUAUCCUAGCAGUAAGAUUCUCCUUCUUCUGAAAGACCCCCCAUGGAUGGACAAGGACAGGAAUGAGAUGACUAACAGAAUAUUACACUUCACCUUGGAGAUCCUCCACCUUCUGACCGGAGAGGAUUACACCAUAGUGAAGAAGAGAUGGGGGGAGUGUGUUGCCCCCAGCAGCCAUCUCCAUGAGUCAGAAGGACGGAGCAGGGCCCGGGGCCCCAUCAUGGAGCCUCCACCUCUCUCCCCGAUACAUGAGGAGAAGAUCCUAGAACUCACCCACAGGAUCACUGAGCUGCUGACUGGAGAGGUUCCUAUAAGGUGUCAGGAUGUGGCGGUCUAUUUCUCCAUGGAGGAGUGGGAGUAUGUAGAAGGACACAAGGAUCUGUACCAGGACAUAGUCAUGAUGGAGGAUCACCGGCCCCUCACAUCACAAGAUGGAGUCAUUGAUAGACAUCCACCCGAGAGGUGUCCCCGCCCUCUGUAUUCCCAGGACUGUCCAGAGGGAAAUGUCCCAGAGAAGCAUCAGGGGGGAGAUCUGACUAAUAAUAAAGUGGAGGAUGAAGACGAGAGGAUGAGGGGCCAUCACCCAUGUAUGAGGGAAGCGAAGGAGGAAAUUCCAGGAGGUGUUACCCCAGAAAAUCCCAGUAAGAAUUCUGAGGGAAACUUCAUGUUAUCCCUGAAUGAUAAAGGAGAAGAUGAAGAUAUGAUGGAGCGCUCCUCAGGAGAAGACCUCCUUACCCCUAAUGUCCAUCCAGAUCUAUCCUGUAAUAAUCCACCUGAUCAUGAGGAACCUUCUCCUGACCAACCACACAUUGUUACCACAAGGAGAGAAAAUCCCAGUAAGAAUUCUGAGGGAAACUUCAUGUUAUCCCUGAAUGAUAAAGGAGAAGAUGGAGAGAUCAUGGAGCGCUCCUCUGGAGAAGAUGGAGGGAUCAUGGAGCGCUCCUCAGGAGAAGAUGGAGAGAUCAUGGAGCGCUCCUCAGGAGAAGAUGGAGGGAUCAUGGAGCGCUCCUCAGGAGAAGAUGGAGAGAUCAUGGAGCUCUCCUCAGGAGAAGACCUCCUUACCACUAAUGUCCAUCCAGAUCUAUCCUAUAAUAAUCCACCUGAUCAUGAGGAACCUUCUCCUGACCAACCACACAUUGUUACCACAAGGAGAGAAAAUCCCAUUAAGAAUUCUGAGGGAAACGUCAUGUUAUUCCUGAAUGAUAAAGGAGAAGAUGGAGAGAUCAUGGAGCGCUCUUCAGGAGAUGAUGGAGAGAUCAUGGAGCGCUCCUCAGGACAAGAUAGAGAGAUCAUGGAGUGCUCCUCAGGAGAAGAUGGAGAGAUCAUGGAGCGCUCCUCAGGAGAAGAUGGAGAGAUCAUGGAGCGCUCCUCAGGAGAAGAUGGAGAGAUCAUGGAGCGCUCCUCAGGAGAAGAUGGAGAGAUCAUGGAGCGCUCCUCAGGACAAGAUGGAGAGAUCAUGGAGCGCUCCUCAGGAGAAGAUGGAGAGAUCAUGGAGCGCUCCUCAGGACAAGAUAGAGAGAUCAUGGAGCGCUCCUCAGGAGAAGAUGGAGAGAUCAUGGAGCGCUCCUCAGGAGAAGAUGGAGAGAUCAUGGAGCGCUCCUCAGGAGAAGAUGGAGAGAUCAUGGAGCGCUCCUCAGGAGAAGAUGGAGAGAUCAUGGAGCGCUCCUCAGGAGAAGAUGGAGAGAUCAUGGAGCGCUCCUCAGGAGAAGAUGGAGAGAUCAUGGAGCACUCCUCAGGAGAAGAUGGAGAGAUCAUGGAGCGCUCCUCAGGAGAAGAUGGAGAGAUCAUGGAGCACUCCUCAGGAGAAGAUGGAGGGAUCAUGGAGCGCUCCUCAGGAGAAGAUGAAGAGAUCAUGGAGCGCUCCUCAGGAGAAGAUGGAGAGAUCAUGGAGCGCUCCUCAGGACAAGAUGGAGAGAUCAUGGAGCGCUCCUCAGGAGAAGGCCUCCUUACCCCUAAUGUCCAUCCAGAUCUAUCCUAUAAUAAUCCACCUAAUCAUGAGGAACCUUCUCCUGACCAACCACACAUUGUUACCACAAGGACAGAUCUGAAAGGGGGGGAAUUGUUUAAUUGUGGUGAACGUCAAAAACUAUUUACAAAAACAUUAGGUCUUUUUACAUGCAGAUUUCUCAAAGGACAGAGGCUAUAUCCAUGUUCAGAAUGUGGGAAAUGCUUUAAAUGUAAAUCACAUGUUGUUGUACAUAAGAGAACUCACACAGGAGAGAAGCCGUAUUCAUGUUCAGAAUGUGGGAAGUGUUUUGUAAGUCAAUCAGAUCUUAGAAGGCAUGAUAAAAGUCACACGGGACAGAAGCCACAUUCGUGUUCAGAAUGUGAGAAGUGUUUUGUAAAUAAAUCAGAUCUUGUUAGACAUGAGAGAAGUCACACGGGAGAAAAGCCUUUUUCAUGUUCGGAAUGUGGAAAAUGUUUUACAAAUUUAGCAGAUCUUAAUAGGCAUGGGAAAGGUCACACAGGAGAGAGGCCACAUUUAUGUCCUGAAUGCGGGAGAUGUUUUAUAAAUAAAUCAGAUCUUCUUAGACACCAGAGAAGUCACACGGGAGCGAAACCCUACUCCUGUUCGGAAUGUGGGAAAUGUUUCGCAAGUCAAUCAAAUCUCAUUACGCAUAAGAGAAUUCACACAGGCGAGAAGCCUUAUUCGUGCUCAGAAUGCGGGAAAUCUUUUGCAGGCAAAUCAAAUCUUGUUAAACAUCACAGAAAUCACACUGGAGAGAAACCGUAUUCAUGUUCAGAAUGCGGGAGAUGUUUUGCGAGUACGUCAAAUCUGGCUAAACAUAAGAAAACUCACACAAACAAGAAGCUGAAGAAGCCACCCCCAUCCUGCAGGAGAUUACAAAGCAACAUGGUGAAAAAUUAUACACAUCCCAUGUAGGUUUUUAAAAAUGUUUUUAUCUUUGACAUGUGUUCAAUGAAUGUUUUUUCAUUCAUACUCUAUAUAACACGUUGCCCUAUUUAUAUUGCAGUAUUAAUGCCCUUAUUUUUGGUUAUACUCUAUAUAAAAUAAAUGUUUAUUUAGUGAAACUAAAGACAAUUGGAUUUGCAUUGGUUUGUUAUGGCGUAACUACAAUGUCGGUUG